AAAAGGCUUGGCUGUAGAAAAUGCCGGAGGUGUGACAAAUGGACUCGGGCCGGCUGACGGAUUCCACAUUGCAGACGCAAGCGACGAGAAGCAGCAAACGAGGCAAGCUCAGGAGCUCAUCGUCGCCUUCUCAGAUAGAUCCACCAUCCAAAGUUCUUCCUGGGUUGAAUCUGUGAGAAGCGAGGCUCCUGGGCGGGAAGAUCACGCAAUUGGGUCUCGCGGGUUCCAAUCCGAUCCUCGAGAUCGUGCCCCCAUCGUUCCUAAUCCCUCUCAGUGGAUCGAAGUGAUCCGGCGGUGCUUGGUCAAGCUCAGGAAGUUGUCAAGCUCGUGGAGGUGGAAGCUAAUGAGGCGGAUGGAUUGGCUGCUAACGCCGCGCAGGAAGUCGCAGUUCCGGCGAUGGGGAGGGCCAUCGCCAAUGCUGGCGAGCGAGCUGUCCAUGGAAUCCAUGGCGACGAGCUACGAGCAUCUAUCGAGCUCGCAAGUGAGCAGGAUGUGGAGGGAGGCCGACACGAUCGAGGCGCCGGUGUCGAGAUUUACGAGGCAGAGGUUUUUCGCGAGGCUGAUUGAGUUUUGCCAGUCGAGAGGGAGCAGUAGUCGCAGCAGCAGUGGCAGCGGGAGUUUUAGCUCCAGCUCGGGAGAUUUGAGCAGCGUGAGCCCGGAGGAAUCGCCCAGCAAGAGGAAGAAAUGGUGGCGCAUGGAUACGGAGAAAAGAUGGCCCGUGCAGGGCUGGUGCUGAUCAAAUGCUUCAACUUGGCAGCCUUUUGCUAAAUUUGCCAAGAGAAUAAAUGCAAUAGUUGGGCAUUUUGCAAAACUGAUUUGCAUAAUAUCAUGCUUUUGUAAAUGGUUUAAUUUUUCAA